UUUGCCCAAAAACACAACAGCUGUGACUAGGAUGGUGAAAGCUGGAUUCAAACCUGUAACCCUCAAGUUGCUGGCACAGCCACGCUACAAUCGUGGCUACGCUGCCCCCACUGAGCACACAAUCUAGAAGUACGUACUAAUAUUUGAAGAAUAUUGCAGUCUAAAACACCCCUUUUGUCACAAUAAUAAAGUAUCAAAUAAUCAUAGUUGCUUAUUACUUGCACAUAAAGUCUCAAAAGCAGAAGCAUAGUAAAAAGUAUCUAGCAACAAACAUGUCAGCAUAAUUUAACUUGAUGUAUCAUGAGUUUAACUUUAUUUAUUUUUGUGAUCACUAGGUGUCGCCAAACACAGUUAACACUCCACGUCCGAUCGGAUCGAAUUAAUAUCCAUAUCGUAUUGGAAGUAUAAAAAAAUACAAUAAAGUGGGACGCCCUUAACACUCAUAGAAUCACUGAUGGCAUAUUCGCAAGGCUAACAAGUUGACUAAGUUAGUUGUCAUCUAUUAUUGUUAUAGGUACUGUUUUUUGGGAGGGCGUGGCUUGGUUGCUAGAGCGUCCGUGCCAUCAACAUGAGGGUUAAAAGUUACGCCUUCCUCGUCAUGUCCGUUGUGUCUUUGGGCAAGACACUUCACCCUUACUCCUGAUGGGUCGUGGUUAGGGCCUUGCAUGGCAGCUCCCGCCAUCAGUGUGUGAAUGUGUGUGUGAAUGGGUGAAUGUGGAAAUAGUGUCAAAGCGCUUUGAGUACCUUGAAGGUAGAAAAGCGCUAUACAAGUACAGUAUAAUCCAUUUACCAUUUAAUUUAUGAACAUUUGGGCUAUUUGUGUUUCACGCUUAAAAGUGAUGUUUUUGGCCCACAGGCAGUUGGCAUUACACUUUGGCCUCAUGAGGCAAAAUGUUGAAAUAAAUUGCGUGAUUAAUCUGCGUGUAAACAUGAUUAAUGUGAUCAUUUUUUGUUAAAAAUAACAUGAGUUAUCUCCUUAUCUCUUACAGCCCAUAUUUUUAUAUUUUCGAUAAACUCAUUGUUCACCCUGAGAGAUGAUAUUGUUGCAAAUCAGCAUCCUGUUCCUGAACAGACUGCAAAAAUACCAUGCACGUUUAAGUAGCAGCAAAGCUUAAAGGGCACUUCCUGUUUCAUUGCAGUUAAGGCUGUUUCCGGUAGUUUGCAUUAUUCGGCGAUGUGCUGCAUUAGAGCACACUUUUGCACAAGUAUGGCACAGUUGCGUCAUAAUUUGCAAAUUCUUGUGAAAAAUUCCAGCGCGACUAUAAAUACACACACCAAUCCACAGUGCAGCAAUAUAAUGUGCAUAGCAUUCAUUUCGACUUUCUUAAAAAGGUUAAUGUGAUCCUCAUGGGAGCCUCAACAAGGGAGCCACUAUGUGCUCUGAUUUAACGGUCCUCAGUCUGCAAGGUGAAGGGUGGAAAAAAAGAGGGACGGAAAGUGUUCUGAUCACGUGGCCACAAAGUCUUUCUGAACGUCUGCUACCCACAGAAAUAAAAACGCCUUUUUGAGCAGUCUUAUGCUGCGAGCGCAAGCUCAUCUUUUUGUCAUCAUCUUCUUGGCUUUUAUUCAGCAAGCAGCAGCCGUCCAGCUGGGAGAUACAAAAAGGAGACCAGCGCGUGACGACAACAAAAAAAUGACAAAUGUGAACACCACACCAUGGCGGUCGGACAGCAAAGCCCUUGAUGUCAACGCGUCCACAGAGUCGCCGACAUCUGUGAUGGAGCUGAUUGCGGCCAGCGACAUCAUCUCCACAGCAAACCACGUGUACGUUUUAUUUGCUGCUGUGGGUUUUGUCUCAGGCUGCUUCCUGCUCUACAGCUUCGCUCACACCCACCGAGUACAGCGGCGUCUGGCCUGGUUUGACUGCCUGCUGUGGGUCUUCUGCGGUCUCCAGCUGCUUCUGGUGCUGCUCUCGCUCUACAACGUGGUACACAGACCUCACAGCCUGCAGACGAGCGUUUUGGGCUGCGCCGCGCUCUCCUUCACCAUCAACACCUGCUAUCUCUGCGGCCUGUUCGUCUUGGCGCUGAUGGCUUACAUCAUAGCUCUCGACCCACCGUCCAACACACUGCUGAGGAGGCCCGGUGUCUGCGUGGCCGUAGUGGUCUUCACCUCUACUUUGAUCUCCGUGCUGCUGGCUGCCACCCGAGGACCCGGUGAAAAACUUCACCAGAACACAGACUGCUUUAUGGAUCCGCUCCAUGCUGGCGUUUAUGCAGUUGCUAAGUUGUGCCUAGCUUUUCUCAUUCCUUAUGUUCUCAAACUAGGACUUGUGGUAUGUGGCUGUGUGCGACAAAGCAAAUCAAACAGCCGAUUUCUCUCUGGCUCUGAAGAAGGCCCGGUGUUCCUGGCGGUGACUGCGGUGUCGCUACUCUGCCACCUGUUCUACAUGGUGGUGCUUGUGCAAGGAGCACAGCUGCAGGAGGGUAAGCUGAGUCAUCGGCAGCGAGCGUUUGUGAGCGUCGCUGAACUGGUGUUCUUCUCUGCGAGCAGCGGCAGCCUGAUACUUGUGCCGCUCAUGCACAGGCCGAGCCGGGAAAGGAUAGGCGGACUGCUCAGGCGGCUGAGUGACUGCUGCACACGUUCUGUGCACACUCAGGCGAACAGAAACAUCAUCACGCCACACAUUGAGAUCACGGACACCCUGCAGGACAUCGAGUCGUAAAGCGUUCUUCUGAUGAAGAAUCUCAGAGAGGUUCAGAUAAACAGAUGGUCAGGACAUGGCCUGGGACACAAUUAAUAACUCGAUCCAAAUAUUCUGAACUCCUGUCUUAAUACCAGAGUUGUACUGCCUGGAAGAUUUUCUGUAGCUCAACUUAUCAUGUGGUAGUCUCAGACUAGUAUAAACUAAAACAACAGCCCCUCUGCUGGUUUUAGUCAAGAAGUACGCUCCAUUUUUCCGCAAUUGUUUCCUUACGCGAAUCAACAAUUAAUUCCAGACAAUAAUCUGAAAUCUAGUCAAUUUACCGUUAGUUUACAUGUACAUUUUUGAAGGCAUAUCGCCGAUUAGAGCAUGAAUCAGUUGUUUACAAAGUCAGCUGGUUGACCUUUUUAUUCAAAUUUAUGAGAUACUGGACUUUUUUUCUAAUUGUUAACUGCAAUCAAGUAUUAAGAAAUAAAUUAAUUUGUCACAUAUUUCAGUCCGUAUGAAGUGAAUAUAGAAAAUAAGAUGGCUAUGGAUAUAUUCUCAUUCAUCCAGGUAAUUGUAUACUCAGGGCAUUCAAUAGAUCGCAACUUGACUCUUCACUUUGUCUAAACGGGGUUAUAUUAUGAUUUUUUUCUACAUUUACAACACUUCCUUGUAGUAUGCAUAACAUGUAAUGGUGGUUCUUUCUUCCAAAUGUUGCAUUGAUUAGGUUUUACAGACCAUCUUCAAACCGCUUUCUGAUAGUCUCUUCAGAUUGUUCCGUUUUUUGGGUGUGUCAUGGUUUGGUGAUCAUUGCGCGCAGCGUGACCCCUAGGAUGCAGAGAUAGCAGACGACGUGCAGGUGAAAGUAUAUUUAUUGGCAACAGGAAAGUGCAAAGGAAGCAAGUAGAAUGAUCCAGCACUGUGUGCAGGGCAGGCUGGCUUAUAAAAUUGGCAACAGGUAACAGGUGUGUCUUGAGUGUCAAUCAGAGAGAGAUGAGAGAGGCAGCUCUCAGGACAAAGGUGCAGUGAAAGGAAAAAGCACAAAACACAGGAAAACACAAACAUGACCAAACUGUCAGAAGCAGUCCUGACAGGGUGGUCUUAUUUACAUGUCUCCACUUCAACUGCGUCUUCUCCCUGUCGGCCAUGUUGUAGUUUUUAGCGCUUGCAUAUGGAGUCUACUGACGGAUAUAAGUUAGAACUAUACGGUGAUUUGUAUUAGAAGUGGCAGCAUGUGCGAGCCAGUGUGCCCCACAACAAGAGGAGCGAAAAAAAUAAGGAGCUUAUUGACUACAGUGCGGACUACAAUGGCGGACUCGCGCAAAGCUCUUUGGGUAAAACUUUUCCAUAAAUCAGUGACGGGCCGUGCAUUUCACUCUCCAAGGUUUCUCAUAGUCAGCAUUGUCACUGGCGUCCCACUGGAUGUGAAUUCUCCCUGCCCACUGGGUGUGAGUUUUCCUUGCCCUUUUGUGGGUUCUUCCGAGGAUGUUGUAGUCGUAAUGAUUUGUGCAGUCCUUUGAGACAUUUGUGAUUUGGGGCUAUAUAAAUAAACAUUGAUUGAUUGAUUGACUCGUAGGCCGACUUUAAUAAUAAUACCAUCAUUUAUGUCACCACAUGACCGCGGCUGGAGAAAUACUAUACAGAAACACAUUUGCGCACUACCGGGUAUUGAAUCACCUUAAUAGUGUAUGAAACAGGCUAUUUUCCGGCGCAUUUGUAAAAAUCAAUAAACCUGCAUCAGUAAUUAAAACAACUCCACGUAGUACUGUCAAUAUUAAAAUAAUUGUAAAAACAAUAAACGUGAAAAAAUAAAUAUAUACAAUGUUGGAACUCACGAUUUGCAGCACCCAUCGGAAGCCGUGAGACAGUGUACAUAGUUGGUUGAGUCGAUUGGAAGUGGUAGUCAAACCAUUUCACCGGCUGGGACAAACAGGUUAGCUAGCUCAGGGGUUGGCCGACCUCGUCUCACGAGAUGUAGUUUCUCUUGAAAUGUACGUCUUCAAAAUGGCCUAGAUCAUAAAUCAUGCCUUUCACCUUGCUAAUAGAAAGAUGAGGAUGUAUUUCAAAAAAUUGGAACACUUUGACAGUCGAUUUAGACCCGUAAAGGCGAGAACGACACAAAAAGACACUUGGGUUUCACCCCGUUUUAAUUUUCGAGGAUUAUGAGUCAUUCUUCAUCUAAACGGGAUCAUAUCAACAUUCUAUAAAUCUGCAUUCUAAUGACAGCAGACCUCGUACAGUUAGUGAUUUUUUAUUACGUUUGUUUGCUCACAUUAAGUCUGAAGUGAAUUUUAAUCAGUGAUGUUGAUGAAAGCAAAUGUGAUGCGUUUUUUAAAUAAAUGCGCUGCGUAUCCUUAAUAAGAAAAAUACACAAAUAUUAAAUAUUAUAAAGGUGCCUGUUACUAUAUUACAUAUAAACUUCCAUCAUGUAUAUAAAACCUUAAUGAAGGUGAUUGGAUGUGUUUUAAGAGCAUUAUAGGCAGAAUAGAGCGACCAUUGUAAG